GCCGUCAGUGAACAACUCGAACAUUUACAUCCUGUGGUUUCUCAUAUAUGCAAUAACCAAGAAGUCGCAAUGACUGAUCCAAACAGUUCUCACCACCUGGAUGACUUCAGUGAAUUUUACGAUGAAGAAUACAACUACACUGACCUCACUGACUUUAAUGUGGAUGAAAAAACGCUUCUCUGUCCUCCCGUCACCAUAGCAGAUGCAAUCCACAUUUCAUUUUGUGUCUUUUAUAUUAUCAUCUUUCUGAUGGCCAUACCAGGGAACCUGAUUGUCUGUUACGUCAUUGGUUCAAACAAAUGUGCGCGCUCUGCUUCGGAUGUGUACUUAUUCAACCUAAUGCUGGCCGACACUCUUCUGGCCCUAAUCUUGCCCUUUUCUGCAGUCUCCGUGCUGCAUGGUUGGGUGUUCGGCAAUGUCGCAUGCAAACUGGUUUCACUGGUAAAAGAAGUGAACUUUUACACCAGCAUCCUAUUCCUGGUGUGCAUUAGUGUGGAUCGCUAUAUGGUUAUCGUCCGAGCUUUGGAAGGUCAAAAGGAUCAGAGGAGACUGAACAGCGGGAUUGCGUGUGGAGUCGUGUGGGUUUUGGGAUGUUUCCUAUCGUUACCGUCACUCUACAACAAGGCUUUUUAUUCCAUAAUGGCCAAACAGACUGUUUGUGCAGAACUCUUCAAUGCAGAAAGCGCCGAUGAGUGGCGACUGGCCACUCGUAUUUUGAGGCACCUCCUUGGCUUUGUGAUACCUUUAGUGGUCAUGUUGACCUGCUACAGUAUAACAAUAGCACGGCUGUUGCGUACAAGGGGUUUCCAGAAACAGAGAGCCAUGAAAGUGAUUGUGGCUGUGGUUGUGGCUUUCCUUCUAUGCUGGACCCCUUUCCAUGUUGUGACAAUUGUUGACACUCUGCUGAGGGUCAAAGCAAUUAAAUUCAGCUGUUACACUCAAACAUCUGUGGAUGUUGCCAUGUUUGCUACCGAAAACCUAGGCCUCCUACACUGCUGUGUGAACCCCAUGCUGUACGCUUUUGUGGGCGAGAAGUUCAGAAGAAGGUUUCAGCAAUUGCUCUAUAGGAGAGGACUUCUGGAGUGUUUCUCGGUAUCCAGAUCUAGCAGGUCUUCUUCUGUGACCUCAGAAGUCACGUCCAGCAUUCUGUAAGCUACCCCCACAAAACACUCUGUUGA